ACCAAAAAAUAGUUCAUCUCUUGUCUCCUAGGAGCAAUGGCGUCCAAAGAGGAACAAGCAGUAAAAACUCUCAACAUGGAAAACGCCCAACAGGAGAGCGAAGGCGGGGAACAGGCUCCCAUGCAGAAUGGAGAGGAACCGGGCCAUUUGAGAGAAGCCGAAGUCCAGAAGCCUGGAGGAAAUGUUAGGCUGGGGUGGGUUAGGCGACUUGUCCCUAACUUUCGAUGGGCCAUGCCUAACAAGCAUGUUGAUCACAAUGAAGUGGGAGAUGAUGUAGAAAAGAUCAUAGUGCAGAGGAUGAAAAUCAAGAAAAGGACUAGGGAGCAGCAAAUGAGACAUCAUGUGCGCUUCCAAACUCCUGAACCUGAUAAUCAUUAUGACUUUUGCCUUAUACCUUGAAUGCUAAGGUUUUCCCAGAGGUUAAUAAUGUGGCUUCUGCUCUACAAGCUUGUAGUUUUGUGAUUUACUUUUCUGUAAACUUUUUGGUGUUUCCUCUUAUCAGUUUCUAAAUGAAUGUUGUUUUCUUUCAGUGUAAAACUUUCUGUCCAGAAGGACAAUUUCACCGAGUUGUGGGGGGGGGGGGAAAUAUUCUUUUCAUAAUGUGAAAUUAAUAAAGCAGUUUAAAAA